UUAGAAAACUGCACUAAUGAGAAGUCUUCUCACCACUACAGUGUGUUAAGUCAUUGUGCUAGAGCUUAAGGGCAUGUAGAGGUGCCAAAACCAUUCAUUUCUACUUUCAUGAACUGAUAUUAACACCGCCAGAAUAGUGUCAGUAGUACAUACGGCAAGGACAGCCUAUUUUUCAUAAUCAGUGUGGCUAAAUCAAGGUAGCUAAUAAUUGCCAGGGGGAAAAAAAUCAUAUUUGUGCAAAGAAUAUGCAGUAGUGAAGGCAGCGUCUUUAUCUGUGUCUAAUAGUGAUUCAGCUCAAGUUUGACUGGCUGUGCUAACGUAUCGGUUAAAAUAAGCUAGUUCAGUUGUCAGAGCACGGUGCUAAUAAUUCUAGCUAAAACACUAUUUAUAGAGCAGCCCUCGAAUGUAAAAUGGGUAAGCUAGUUUGCCUAAGUCAGGUUAAAAUAGAUGUCAAGUGUGGGUAUUGCAGCCGAGCUUCGUAUCUCGAUAGCUUAAACAUAGACAUGACUGAAUGAAUCUGGUGAAUCUAAUUAAGCUCUCUCAAUGUAUCAUGUGUGUGGGAGGCAAAGUGGUAGCGGUGGCUUGACACAGUGUCUUUGUAUGAUUUACAAUCCGAAUUUAAAUGAGUUGUUUUACAUUAAAGUUUAUAGCGAGCAUAAUUUGUUCACCCCAAAAGGGGGCGGAGACAUCUCGCAAACAAUAGUGGCAUUAAUCUUCUGAUCUGACUUUGAAAGAAAGCAAUUUAGAUUCAUCCUGAAAAAUAAUUGUUGUUUUUAAGUGUCUGCAGUUGUGCGAAGAUUUGUUAUGAAGUCUGUCUCUGCUGGGUGUGCUGAGUCACAAAAUGCCAUGAUAUUUAGCCUGCUAAUAAAAAAUAAUAAAUAAAUAAAUAAAAACAAAAUGCCAACUGUCUCCCUGCUCUCUACCGCGUGAAUGAAGGAAGUGCGUUCUCCAGCUUCACAGUGUGGGACGUCUGUAUCCAUAUUGUGACAUAAGGUUAAGGGCAUGUUAGGUACCUCGAUACUUGCCGCUAAAAAAAGCCGGCGUACAUCCACUUACCCUCUCCCCUAAGUCCAUCCUAUUUUUUACGAAGGGGGACUUCUAAAAUAAAAUCAGCUGUCACCAGACGCCUGGGCCCCACUGAGCUGUGGAGCGCACUGCUGGAGCUGGCCUCCAAGCCUUGCUGUUCGUCUCUCUUCCCAGGAUUGUCUUCUUCUGUUGGGUUAACGCCGGAUCGUCAAAAAAAAACAAAAAAAAUUAUAAUUUUUAUUAGCUUCAAGUGCCAAGGCCUUUUUCUAUUUUGCUGGAUUUUAUUGUUGUUUAACUCAAAUAGGCGACCUACGCAGAAGCUGCGGGCAACAACAGCGCCGGCGGAUCCAAGCCAGGACGCCCCGAGGAGAGGCCCCAGAGCGCAGAGGACGAGGGGGAGGCCGAGCCAGUGUCGGUGAAAGAGCGGCUGGCGAUGUAUCAGGCUGCCGUGUCCAAGAAGGAAAGCAGCAGUUCCUCCUCUGCUGCGAUGAUGGACGAGUCGGAAGCAUGUUCGCUGCCUGGUGGUCUGGCCAGUGUGAAGAAACAGUUUGAAAAUCAGGAGUUCACCUCGUCAUCCUCCCAGUCCAGCGUCACCCAGUUCCAUUUCCAGCAGAGAACAGUCCAGGAGAUGUCAAGCUCCUCAGAGGUGACGGUGAGAAGCAGUGCCAGAGAGGUCGUCCCAACAACAGCGCUCUCUAAACAGGAGGUGAUCCACGAUCAAAGAGUCCAGCAUAACAACGUGGCUGCUAGUUACGGGAACCAUUACAAUGAAACAGUUAUGCUUGUCGGAGGAGAGGACCUACCAAAGGUUUCCACUCAGGCUUUGAAGCAGCAGUAUGAAAAAACGAUUGAGGAAGCCGCACCUGCCAAGGAAAUUAAGGUCGAUGUGGAUUUCAGUCAGUUUCAAUGGACACCAGUAAACCAGUCGUCAAAAACUUCUACAGUCACAAGCUAUGACACUUCCUCCACCGUAAAGUCAGCUUCGUCUGUAGCGUCUGCCGCGUCUGUAGCUUAUGAGGCGACAGAUGAUUUCCCUCCCCCGCCAUCAAGCCUGGUGCAGGUAUCCCAAGAAAUCUCUUCCCAGUCUCAGGAUCAAGCCUCUCAACACAAGUACGCUGUCAGUAAGGAGCAGUACUUUAAACACAAGAGCAUGGCCGAACUAAAGCGCCUCUACAAGCAUAUAAAUCCAGAGGUGCGCAAGAACCUCGAGGCAGACUUCUUGAAUCAGCUGACCGAAGCCGAAAGGGCAGAAUUGGAAAGUAAGGAUGUGGUGGGGGAUGUCCAGAUGGCGUGCUAUAAGUUUGAAAAUGAUGACAACAGCUCUAGUCAGUGUUCAAGUCCCGAUGGAGAGUCUGUGGACUGGGAUGAGAUCCUCAGGGGUGAAGUGCAGUCCAUGCGCUGGAUGUUUGAGAACAAGCCGCUUGAUGCGAUUAAAGACGAUUCCCCGGAUGAGAGCGAGGAAAAGAAUAUCGCCCAGCAAGAAAUAAUUGCUGGCAAAGAUGUUAGAUACACCGCUUGGAUGUUUGAGACUAAGCCCAUUGAUGCUCUGGGGACAGAGACCUCCGACACAACGGAGCAGACACAAAAGCAGAAGGAUCUUGCGAGAGGAGACGUCCGCACAGCAACUUGGCUUUUUGAAACUCAGCCACUCGACUAUCUGAAUAAGAUCUACCAAGAAGACGAGCAAGAGACGGAUGGGGACGCAACCAAAGACAUUACCGGUGGGGACGUUAAAACCGCCAGGUAUCUCUUUGAGACCCAGCACCUGGAUUGCCUGGGUAAAACGGAAACCAUUGAGGAGAGCCACUUCCUGAACCUGAAGUCUGAGCUGGAGGAGAUCAAGGGGGACGUGACUACAACCACCCGCAUGUUCGAGACGCAGCCCAUGUGCGUCAUCCGAGGGGAUUCGGGAGAGAUGCUGGAAAUCACCACCAUACGCAGGGAGGAGACUGAGAAAGGAGAUGUGAAAACGUCGCGUUGGAUGUUUGAAACUCAGCCUCUAGAUAUGAUCAACAAAGACCCUGCGAAUGUCAAGCUGAUAUGUGGUAUUUCCAUGGAGGACAACGCUCAAGGUGGUGUGAACAAAGGUAGAUGGCUGUUUGAAACUAAAACUCUUGACAGCAUUAAGGAUGAGGAAUGGGAGAGCGUCAGAAAGCAAAGGGAAGAAGUGAUAGGAGCCGACGUACGGAAGCAAUGUCUCGUUUUUGAAACUCAGCCAAUGGACACCUUGAAAGACAACGCCAACGCUCGACCUUUAACCUCUGAGGAGAUUGUCGGAGGCGAUGUCCGAACGGCCAAGCAUCUGUUUGAGACUGUGCCCAUGGAGAAUCUGAAAGAGCUGCUUGAGGUGGGAAAACUUAAGAAAACUGUUACGUCCGAGGAAGAGAAGGGCGACGUGAGGCAUCAGAAGUGGGUCUUUGAGAGCCAGCCGCUGGAAAAUAUAAGGGAGGAAAAGAAGGAGAUCAUGAGAACGGUGAACAUUGAAGCACUCGACAAAGGAGACGUGUCAAACUACAAGGAAAGGUUUGAAAGUAUGGAUUUAAGUAAAUGUGAGGGAGCGCAGAAAAUUCAAGUGGAAGGCGUCGCAAGCGGAUCUGUCAAAUCCAACAGAGUUCUCUUUGAAUCCACCCCGAUGUACGCUAUGCAGGACAGCUCCGGCCAUUACCAUGAGGUGAAGACGGUGAGGCGUGAGGAGAUUGUGAAGGGAGAUGUGCGCAGCUGCAGAUGGAUGUUUGAAACGCGCCCCAUUGACGAAUUUGACGAGAGCAUCAACAAGUUUCAGUUGAUAAAAGGCAUAUCCAAACAAGAGGUUCAGUCUGGGGAUGUCAAAACAGCAAAGUGGCUGUUUGAAACUCAAGCACUUGACGCCAUUAAAUUUUUCAAUAACUAUGAGGAAGAAGAACAAAAAACAAAGGAAGGUAUCGAAAUAGAGAAAGGGGACGUAAAGACUUGCAGGUGGCUCUUUGAGACUCAACCGAUGGAUGUUCUGUACGAAAAGGUGGAGAAAAGUGAGACCGACGUCGAAGAAGUGCAAAAAGGUGACGUGAAGACAUGCACUUGGCUUUUUGAGACCCAGACGCUCGACAACAUCCGCGACCAUUCGGAGUCAGAGUCCGAGACGAUUCUGAAAACCUGCACGAUGAAGCAAGAGGACAUUCAAGGAAAAGAUGUUCGGCUGGCUCGCUUCUUGUUUGAAACCGAGAAUCUGGAAAACAUCACGGGCGAGGACAGCAGUUCUUUCAGGAGGGUCACCGAGAUCGACAUCCAGUCCGGUGACGUUUCCAGGAUGAAGUACAUCUUUGAGAACCGCUCCUCCGACAUUGUGAGCUCCACCUCAGAGGAGACAAUGCACAGGCUGAAGACGCAACAGGCUGAAGACAUCCAGAGGGGAAACGUGGUCAACUGCACCUGGAAGUUUGAGAACCAGCCGAUCGAUGCCAUUCGUGAUGAAACCACAGACGUGAAAGAGAGUCGAACGGUGAUAGAUGUUCAGGGAGGCGAUGUUGACAAAGGCCGCUUCAUUUUUGAAACAUACUCUCUGGAUCAAAUUAAAGAGGAGUCCACGGAGACGGAUAUUUCCAAGCUCACUAGUAUCUUUAGAGAGGAAACAGAGAGGGGAGAUGUGAAAAACUACACCAUGAUGUUUGAAACUCAGCCGCUGUAUGCCAUCUGUGACAAAGAGGGGCAUUAUCAUGAAGUAACAACUGUUACCAAAGAAGAAGUCAUGAAAGGAGAUGUGGUAGGGGCCAGGUGGCUGUUUGAGACAAAGCCUUUGGAUUCAAUAAGGGAUUCAGAGGAGGUCUAUGUUAUUAAAGCCGUGACUGAGGAAGGCAUCAACAAAGGGGACGUAAGCUCCGCCAGGUGGAGGUUUGAAACACAACCUCUGGAUGAAAUUGCAGAGGACAUGAAAGUAAGGUCGAAGACGGUUGCAGACAUCCAGGGGGGUGACGUGAAGACAAACAAGCAGCGGUUCGAGACCGACGAGAUGUCUCAGAAGUACAUCAGAACGGUUAGCGUUAGCGAAAUCCAAAAAGGCGACGUCAGGUCUGCCACGUGGAUGUUUGAAACCCGCACAAUUGACGAGAUCCGCGGCGACGGCACCGAGUAUGACGGCAUGGAGAAGGUGACAAAAGAGGAAGUGAUGAAAGGGGACGUUAAGCAGUCUGUGUGGCUCUUUGAGAAGCAGCCUCUUGACAGUAUCAAGGAGAGUGAUGGCUCAGAGCUCGUUGUGAGAAAGGAGGAAAUCCCACAGGGCGACGUGAAGUCAACAACGUGGCUUUUUGAAUCCACUCCAUUUCACCAAUUCAACGAGAGCAGCAUGGAAAAAACUGAAAUAAUAGGUAAAAGCAUUAAGGAGACACUUGAGGAACUAUACUCUCAGAAAAUGGUGGACUCUCAGGGUAUCCUCAUCGAGACAGAUGAGAUCGGCGAUGUCCGCAUGGCUAAGUAUAAACUCAUGAACCAGGAGGCUCCAGAAAUACAAAAAGAGGAGGUUAUCAGAGGGGACCUAAGCAACAUAAUGAUGAACCUUCUCAACCGCAGGGAGAUCACUGAGAGAGCCAUAACCAUUGACAAAGAGGAGCGGGGGAACAUAAACACCACGGUGAAGCAGCUGUUCAGCCAGGAAAGGGGAAUUGGCAUUGAGAAGGAGGAAAUUAUCCGCGGUGACAUUCAAGAGGCCAUGAGCAACCUACUCAAAAACGAGGGCUCCUCUAAGCAUGGAAUUCUGAUUCAAGAGGAUGAGAAAGGAGACGUGAGGAUGACUAUAUAUUCCCUUUUAAAUAAAGAGCAGAGAACGAGCAUCGACAAAGAGGACAUAAUUCAAGGGAAUGUUAACAAAACUCUCCACCGCCUCCUCUCCAACUCAGGAGGAGAAGAUUCCAAGAAGAUACGGGUCGGAGAAACAGAGAGGGGCAACGUGAGCUUUUACUCCACAUGCAUCGAGUCUGGGGCCCUGGAUUACCUGAAGCAGCUUCAGUAUGAACCGGACGAAGAGCAGGAGACAGUGCGUAAGGAGCGCAUCAUCGGUGGUGACAUUGAGGAGACGAAGAUUUUGCUGCGUAAGAAUCAGCAGCAGAUUGGUCGCACGGUGGCGGAGGACGAUAUAGUUCCCGGCGAUGUGCACAGCAGCGUUAAAGUCUUUAUGACUGAGCCUGCAGUCACUUACAGAAACCUAGAAAAGAAGGACAUUGUUAAAGGUGACCUUAAUGCGGCCCUGGAUUCUCUGACCCAAGCCAUCAAUCAGAAAGUGGUAAUAGAGAAAGAGGAGGUGGUAAAGGGAGAUAUACCCACUACUUUAAAGUCUCUGGAAGAGGCUCAACAUCAAGCCAAAGAAAUGGAAAAGCCUGAAAUCGUCAGGGGAGACAUUCGGGGUGCUCUUGAGUCGCUGGAAAAAUCUACAUCCACCAAAACGGAAGCAACCGUUGAAGAUUUAGUGCCGGGCGAUAUAAAAGGGACCCUGAAGUCCCUAGAGGAGGCGACGCAAGUUGUGAAAGAGGUGGAAAAGGAGGAAAUUAUCAAAGGAGACAUUCACACCGCCCUGCAGAGUUUACACGAGGCGUCGAGCGAUAAAAAGGUUUACCAGCACCAAGUGAGCGAACAAGGGGAUGUUAAAGGCACCAUCCAGCUACUGCUGGAGCCGGGUACAUCUCCAAAAAUGCAGCGCAGAGGGAGCAUUGAAGGAGAUGUGAAAACAUCCAUCAAAUGCCUUUAUGAAGGCCAGGAGACGGCGCAGAUGGAGAAAGAGGAGGUUGUAAAAGGCGACGUUCAAGGAGCGAUAAAGUGUCUCAUGCAAAGAAAACAAUAUUCGAGUAAGAGACAUAUACAUCCUUCCAAGAAAGCGAAAAUGACCAUCAAAAAUCCAACAUCUGUAAAGCAAGUGGAGCAUGAAUGUGCACAUGAAGGUAAGAGGGAGAGUGCUCCAGAAAAUCCAGCCCCCACUGUGAAAAACCUCUCUCAGAGCAGUGAGUCACAGAAGCUCACACAGAGGCACCACGAAAGCAAAUUGCUGAAAACACAGGUAAUAACCCAAGAGGACCACGCUGUUACCGUAGCCAAAACAGACAAUCCCACUGGGGCCUCUCAGCAGAAGAGCCUGAAAGAACAGAAUCAGAAAGUGCCGCCCCCACAGAAAAUACAAGCUGCGAAGCCUGUUACAGUGAAGAAUAAACAAAAGAGUAACAAUGAUCAAACGGAGACUAAAGCUGCUGACGUGAAUGUGAUGAAAGAGGUGCAACAGACAUCACAGACAAAUACGUCACACAAGCAGACGUGUGAAGCCAAGACAAUCAAACAGGUGCAGACGACGGUGACGGAGAAGACUGUCGUGCACAAGCAGAACGUCAUGUCUGCCGUAUCCGAGCAAACGUCCACGUCUCAGAAGCAGAUGGGGACAAAGGCUCUCGCACAAAAGCAGAGCUUCAAGAAUCUGAAGGUCGAUAACCGUCAACUCGAGGUGAAAGGGAAAGGUGCGAUUAAAAAGGCGAAGGCUGAGAUCCAUUUCCCGCCUCCUCCCUCCUCACCUCCUCCACCCUCGGAGUCUGAGCUCUCCCUCCCUCCGCCGCCAUCGCCUGUGUCGGAGAGCCCUUCGACCAUGAGGCACGACAGUGACCUCCCGCCCCCUCCUCCUCCCCCUCCUCCUGCUAUGGAAUUCCUAAGGUCUGAGACUGAAUUCUUCCCUCCUCCUCCACCUCCGCCGCCUCCGUCCGCUGCGGGUGGUCAGGAUUUCCUCCCUCCACCUCCGUCGCAGCAAGAGCUCAACGCGAUACCUCAGCCUCCCCCUGCAAAGCCGGCGAAGCCCGUCGGGAAGCCUUUGUUCAAAGUGCCCAAGCAACCAGAACCAGAAAAGAAACCCAUACAAGUCAAACCUAAGUGGCAGAAAAAACAACCAACGCCUCCUCCACCGCCUCCACCUCAGCGCCCACCUGAUAAUGUGUCAGUAGCAGUAUCAGUAGUGGCGUCAGCAGCGCAAAAAGAAGAAGCCAAAGUGCAGGAGGUGAAACAGGAAACGACUAAAAAGAUAGAAAUAACUAAUCAGAGUGAAUCAAAAGCAGUGUCAUCAACAAAAAUACCAAGCAUGCCAGUGAAGCCGGUGCAAAAAGAAAGCCCCCAGCCGCCUAAAAAAGUGUUUGUGCCUCCCCUUAAACUCCCUCCAUCCCCGGACCCUGCACCAGCUCCGGCAGCGAGGCCCUACGCUCGCAAAUUUAAAACCCCUCUCAUGCUCGCAGAGGAAAGGUACCGGCAGCAAAGAGAGCGAGAGGAAAUGGAGAAGAGUCAAGCCUCAACUCCCACUUCUCCUCUGGUUAGCACACAAUCCUCUGCUGCCACUGCCACUGAGUUUUUUGCAGCAGACAAAACCGAGAAAGACAAAACUGUGGAGGUGACAAAGGCAAAAGUAGAAGAAGCUAAGACGGUUUCCAAAGAAGAAAUGCUGGCGCAAGACUCGCCUGCCAAGAAAACCCCAUCUCAGAUCCCUCUGAGCAAACCCUUGAUCUCUGUGGUAAAUAAGAAAUCUGCCUCUGCAUCUUCAAACGUGUCCUUGGAUAAAAAGAAUAUUUCCAGCGAGCGCUCCUCAGAAAAAAUCCUUGCCUCAACCGAUGUUAUUAAAAAAGCUCAAACAGCAAACCAGAGCCAGGCCGCAUCCAUUUCUCAGUCACAUCACGAGGCCUCGGAGAGCGAAGUCCGGUCGCGUUCGAACGUGGUCACUUCUUCGGUCACGGAGCAGCAGCAGUUUAUUAAGAAAUCCAGCGCGAGGUCUAUCACCGCCACACAGAGCGCUGUCCACGAGAGCGUAAAUCUCCAAGGCCAGGCCACGGUCACAUUGAAAGCCGAAGAUGCGAAGAAUAUUAAUGCGCCUCUGUCACAGGAAGGGAAAAUGAGCCCCUCUCUCCCCACUAAAAUCCCAAAAGUAACUCCAAGUUUCAAGGUGAAAACCUUUAAGAUGCCGACGGAGAAGAAAGAGGAGAAAUGCGAGAGUUCGGUACAAAAGGAAGCGGUGAAAAGCGAGGCGCAUUCACAGCAAGAGAAAAGUAAUGUGUCACUGAGAAGCGAGACAAAAGUGAACCUGGAAGGCCAGCAGCUGACGUCAGCGAGGGCCGAGAUAAAGACGGAUGUGACAGUGAAAGAGAGGAAGAGUCAGGUGACCCCGCCCUCGAAGGUAACGGAAGCGGAGGCUCAUGCGAAGAAAGGAAAGCAGGUGCAAAAAAGUGAGACAGAAGUAAAGCUGUCACCAUCGGUUAGUGUUUCCGUGCCUAAGAUGGCUAAGAUAACAUCCGCAGCAGCCCAUCAAGGACAAGGCCAUGUGUCUGUCUCCCACAGCCAGCAGAGCAUGAAGACAGAGCACGUUCACAGACACGAGGAGGUGGUGGUGACUGAGAGUGUGGUGCAACAAAGCCAUCAGAAGCAGGAGACUGUCCAGAUCCAAAAGCAGCAAAUGAAGCUGCAAGCGGCAGAAUGUAAUAAAACGCAGAUAAAGGGAGGGAAGGUGAAAGGGGAGCUGAAGGAUGUGUCGGUGUCAGGGAAAAUGUCUCAGAAACACGAGGCUCACCCAGAAGAGAUCACAGAUUUAGAGAAAUGCAGUGUAAUGCGGCAGCUGCUUGUGCAAAUAAAAGAACUGGAGGGCACGCCAGGCAAAAUAGACUCCAACCCCGUCAGGAUGAUUAUAAGCGAAGUCCCCGACUGGGUGAUGGGCACGGAUGAGAGAAGGAAUCUGAGUGAGAUUGCUAAGCAGCAAAGCAAGAAGAAGCUGAAAGAGAUGAUGGUCUAUGUGAAGAAUAUCGUUCAGGCAAAGCUCUCAUUUGUGGAGAAAAACUUGACAGCGGUGGAGAAGGAGGAAAGAGAGGAACCGCCAGCAGCGCCGCCGCUGGUUCCUCCGAAGCCAGAGAAGAAAGUUUUCAAUGCUGCGACUGCAAAGAUUUCAAAGAUUAGCAUCGGCUCGUCCAAAACUGAAAAGAAAGUGACGGAGGAGAAAAAGUCUCUUCAAGAGAGCAAAGUGCAUCAAGAGCUGAGUGAAGUGGCAGAGAAGAGAGUGUCCUCCCCAUUAGCAAGUAUCCGCACUCCAUCUCCCACUUUUAUUAGCAUUGAAUCACGGAAGGUGGACUCGCCGCUCAGAGUGACUCCUUCUCCUCCCCCCUACAAACUAGCUAAGACGCCUCCGCCUCCUCCUCGCAAGUCCUACACUCCCACCUUCAGCAGGGCCACGCCUUCUCCUACCCUGAGCCGCUCGGAGAAGCUGAUGAAGCUGAGGGAUGGCACCUCCAAGUUUUCCCGCGACAUAACCCCACCGCCGCCUCCUAUGCCGGUGCCGGAGCACAUCGCCUCAGAAAUAGAGAGGCCGUCCUCGUGCAGCGACAGGGAGACCCCCGUUGAGAGGAGCGAGCAGGAGGUGCUGGAUGUCGACGAAAUGGGGGACUCGAUGAUGACGGUCAAGGACAAAAAGUCUUUCUUUGAGGAGGCGCAGAAGGCGGAGGUGAGCAGGGUAUACAUUCGGAAGGACCCCAUCGAAAUCCCUGAACGCCUGGGAGCUGACGCUGAGGAAGCCGCAGAGGGGGUCACCAUAGAUAUUCUAAAAGAAGACCUCCCCAGAGUUGACCUGUCGAAGCUCGUGAACAGGUUUGAAGCCGCGCAGCCGAAGGUUUACACCAGAAAAGAUCCUAUUGUGAUAACGGAGAGGCUGGGCAGUGAUACGGAGGACGUGGAGGCGGAACCACACACACCAAGAACCGAAGAAAUCCCCACAUUCACCGUUAAGGCGAUAAAGGACGUGUUCGAGACCGGGGAGCACAGCUCCCAAGCAGCCAGGGAGCUCAGAGAGCACAUAGAGAGAAGAGAGCCCGAGUCGGUGGGUCACUGUGAAUCCGCCGCCUCGGUCACCGAGCAAUUCUGCAGCAUUGACGACUUCGGGAACGUGACAAAAGAGACGAGGAGCGAGGUGCACUCUGAGAGCUCCCUGACCCGCGGCAACCCUCCGUCCUACGCGGACGUGGUGAGAGGGGCGGUCCCGACCCUCGGCGUGGCCCCCGAGGCCUCCGCCGAGGAGCUGCUGAGAAACUUCCAGCAGUCGUGGGCCGAGAGCCAGGGCGUCUUCCAGAACCUGGGGUUCAGUGUCACAGAGCAGAGGACCUCGCAGAUCGUAACGCACCAGCAGGAGACCGUUGUGACGGAAAAUACGAAUUCCCGAGUCAGAACUGUGCAAGGUGUGUCGGAAGAGGGUGUACCCCAUGGAAUCGCUGAUCGCAGACAAACAAAACUACCAUAAGAGCUGCUUCCGCUGUGAACACUGCAGAGGCAAACUAAGCAUUGGCAACUACGCCUCUCUCCAUGGACGAAUGUACUGCACACCACACUACAAGCAACUGUUCAAGUCCAAAGGAAAUUAUGACGAGGGAUUCGGACAAAAACCUCACAAAGAACUAUGGAGUAACAAGAACCAACAGAAUUCGGCCCCG